AUGUCGACCAGCUACGACUACAACACUUCCAGACCGCUUACACUCAUGACACUGCCAGCAGAGAUCCGGGUUCAGAUCUGGGAGUAUGCAAUACCCCAACGCUGGUGGUAUUUCGCAGGGCCGUACCGCUUCGACUGCGACAAGCACAAGAAAUGCCCGAAUGCGCUGAAAGAAGCCAACCCGUCGAACCGUGGCGGCUUAUCCGAUCCGCGUUGUCGGUGCGAGUUCGUCAAGCAGCACAACGAUAGAGUAUCACUUUCGCUGCUGUGCAAGCGCGCCUUUCCCGAAAUCAGAUCCGUCCUAUCCAAGGCCAGUAUCACGUACGAGACCCACCACCUCAUGAAUUCCCACCUGCCUUCGAUAUGCUUUGGACAGAUCGGUGAUUUCAUCAUUCCCUCGGAUUGGCUGGCCUGCUGUGGUCCCAAGAGCCACUUCGACAAGUUGAACGUGGACUUCAAAACCAGCUUCCCGAAUCUGAAGCGCAUCUACUUGAAGCCGGAUCUCACCGACAGCAGGAGUACGAUCAACUUCUCCGACGCGAUCAUCGAUCACAUCCACCGAUGCCUCUACGAUCGCAGCGGACGAUAUCGAGCCGACGACAAUGUCGAACUUCUCGGCAGUGUACACCUCCAGCAUCUCAACAACGGCUACACCGAGCAAUUCUACGAGACUGUGGCCAUGCUAUUGGACUCUAACAUCGCAGUGCACGCGCCGUAUACCUAUCGGCUCCAAGUGACCGAGCGGCAGGGAUGCCGCGCCAGUCUAAGGAGACCCAGAAUCGUGGCGCCCAAGAUCCUGCUGAACCAGAGAAUCCACACGAACGUGAUCUGGGACAAGAGCGGCGUCAGAGUUGCCGAGACUCCCAAUCUCAAAGAUGAAUGGUGGUACGACGAGUGGGUCGCCGCGACCCCUUGUCCCAGGAACAUGUGGUAUGAUUCACGGUGCCACGACUUCGGCCACAGCGGGUGGCGCGUUCAGACGCUCGGGCCGGGGGACAUCAUGCGCACCACGGCCCAUUGGGCGGCAAGGCCACGCUCGGACGAGCCCCGGUUUGAAGUUGGCGUAAUCAGGGAGUACAAGGAGGUGUACCACGGACAUCCUCUCCUCGCCCUCGGCUCCUGA